CGUUCAAAGACCGAUCGUACCGACGGUUAUACUACCGCGAACUUGGCUAUUGGCUUGCCAAGUUACAGAUGUAACUAGCCGGUCGACGUCUCCAACUUGGAGCUCACAACCUUUCCCCUCACUGCGCCAUUCGGUAUUUUCACCCGAGAUGAGCGGGCAUCUAAGAUGCAGAAGCAACAUUCUUUUUGAACUGCUGCUUCAUGCAAGUAUCUGACGUUGUGACGCUUCCUCCAACUUGCGUGGGUACGGUUACUUGACUGACAUCACAGGAUCCUAAUUAACCGCGCCAACACCGGCGCUCCUCGAGUCCGAGAUGAUGGCAGAGCACCCACCCAUGUCACUACUCACUUGGCGGGGAGUAACAUGGCACUAAUAUUUUUCCAGCAAGAUACUAAAAGAGGACAUGUCCACACUUUGUGGAUAGAGGUAGCUUUGGCCCCAGGGCGCAAGUGAACAAGGAAAGUCUUCAGCACCAUGAAGCUAGCAUCAGCCUCCUCAGCGGUGGCUAUCUUUUUGGCAGUUGCCACCAAUGCCCAGUCCCCCGGUGCCAAUGGUACCUCGGAUGAGCCCAUAUACAAGAACCCGAAUGCAACUAUAGAUGACAGGGUUUCGGACCUCCUCAAGCGCAUGACUAUUGAGGACAAGACAGCCCAGCUUCUUCAAGGUGAUAUCCGUGACUACCUGAAUCUUACCGAUGCAUCUUUCAACGCGACCGGUCUUGAAUGGGUAGCCGGCAAGCGGGCAAAUUCGAUAUGGACUGGCCUCUACGCGACCCCUGAGACGGUAUCUCUGGGCGCCCGCCUGGCCCAAGACUACUUUGUCCACAACACGUCCCUGGGCAUACCGGCCUUUAUCCAGAGCGAGGGCAUCCACGGCUUCCUUGCCCUCAACGCCACGAUAUUCAACUCGCCGAUCGCCCACGGCUGCUCGUGGAAUCCAGAGCUGGUGGGCAAGAUGGCCCGAGCCAUCGCGCUCGAGUCCCGCGCCCUCGGGGUGAACCAAAUCUUUGCGCCCGUCGUCGACCUCGCGCGGGAGCUGCGGUUCGGCAGGGUCGAGGAGUGCUACAGCGAGGAUGCCUUCCUGGCGGGCGAGUACGGAUAUGCCUACGUCAAGGCCAUGCAGGCCGAGGGCGUCUGCGCCCAGGUCAAGCACUUUGCCGCCUUUGCGACCCCGGAACAGGGAGUCAACACGGCACCAGUCCACGGCGGGCCCCGCAUGCUCCGCACCACAUACCUGCCGGCCUUCAAGAGAGCCAUCAUCGAAGCCGACGCUUGGAGCGUCAUGUCGUCUUACAACUCGUACGAUGGCGUGCCGACCGUGGCGGACAAGUCUCUGCUCACGGGCAUCUUGAGGGACGAGUGGGACUACAAGUACUACGUGAUCUCGGACGCGGGUGGUACUGCUCGGCUGGCCAACGCUUUCCACGUCUGUGGUGCCGCCGACGAUGCCUGCAUCACCACCAAGACGCUGCCCGCUGGCAACGACGUCGAGAUGGGUGGCGGGCGGUAUAGUUUCGAGCACAUUCCUGAGCUGGUCGCCAAUGGCAGCCUCUCGGAAGAGGUUGUAGACCUGGCCGUUGCGCGCUCACUCAGGGCCAAGUUUGCUGCUGGUCUCUUCGAGCACCCGUACACCGGUGUUCCCGACGACGAGAUCCUUGACCACCUCAACACGGCGGAGCACAAACAGAUUGCUCGCGAUCUCGACGCCGAGAGCAUCGUCCUCCUGGAAAACCACAACAACACCCUUCCCCUCAAGAAGAAUGCCCGGGUGGCCGUGAUAGGGCCCAUGGCACACGGCUACGUCAACUACGGCGACUACGUCAUCCACACGGCCAUGGAGCGGGGCGUGACGCCCUUUGACGGCAUCAAGGCGCUGGUGGAGGAGGCGGGCGGCAGCGCGACCUUUUCGCAGGGCUGCGAGCGCUGGUCCAACGACGAGUCCGGGUUCGACGAGGCGGUUGCCGCCGCGACCGCUGCGGACGUCGCCGUCGUCGUGGUCGGGACCUGGUCGCGCGACCAGGACGAGCUCUGGCAGAACCUCAAUGCCACGACGGGCGAGCACAUCGACGUCCACAGCCUCGACCUGGUGGGCGCCAUGCCGCGGCUGGUGCGCGCCGUCAUCGACACGGGAAAGCCGACCGUCGUCGUCUUCAGCUCCGGCAAGCCCGUCACGGAGCCGUGGAUCUCGACCGAGGCCGCGGCGCUCGUGCAGAUGUUUUACCAGGGCGAGGAGGGCGGCCACGCGCUGGCGGACAUCUUGUUUGGCGACGUCAACCCCAGCGGCAAGCUCUCGGUUGCGUUUCCGCACGACGUCGGCACCACCCCGGUUUAUUACGACUAUCUCAACUCGGGGAGGCAAACGUCGCCCGGCAUGGUGCAUGCGAACGGGAGUAUGGAUUUUGGACAGCAGUAUGUCUUGUCGACGCCGAUGCCGCUCUAUGAGUUUGGCUAUGGCCUCUCCUACAGCAACUUUACCUACUCGGAUCUUAGCGUAUCCUCCUCGACGCCGUCGGCCAAGGACACUGUCACCGUCACCGUCAAGGUCACCAACAACUCUGAACGCGACGGCAAGGAGGUCGUCCAGGUGUACGUAAAAGACCUCUUGGCAAGCGUCGCGGUGCCCAACAUUCAGCUGCGAGGGUUCUGGAAGGGCACGGUCAAGGCCGGCCAGACGGAGACGGUCUCGAUAGAUCUACCAGUCGAGAAAUGGGGCUUGUGGGACUACGAGAUGAAGUACGUCGUCGAGCCGGGCGACUUUAGGAUCUUGAUCGGUGCGUCCAGUUUGGAUAUGCGGCUGAACACCACCGUGACUGUGGCGUAGGUCAAGACGAUUGGGGCUGGAAAGCGGCAUAAGCCGCAUGUGAUGCGGCAUGGCUUUUUUUUUAUGAGGGCCCAGCAUGCUUGCAAACUUGAGAAAAAGAAACGAUGAUAAUGCAAGGGUUGAAAAGCCGGGGAUUGUUUUUCUCCAUUGUCAAUGUCAUACCAGAUCUAGUGUAGAAUGGUGUUGAGAUCUGCUGUGGCAACGCUCAACAAACCAGACUAACAGAAACACCAGUCUGUGUAAUUGCGUCGUUUAAUCUUUGGAAUGCGUAGUGCGCAUCACUGGCUGAAAAAUGCCGGUUAUACGGCCCACGGAUGAAGGCAUACAAGUGGUAGUCUGAGAUGGUGACAACGCCAUGCCAAUAGAGUUAGCAUGUGAUAUCGCACGGCCCGUCAAUCAGGUUGAAAUGUAGGUGGUUUUGCUUGUGUACGAUGGACGUGACAGGUGCAAACAAAAUUGCCCCCCGGGGAAAUGUGUGGUUUUGCGGUUUGAUGUGACAAUUCCGUGAUGGAGA